UAAUGCAAAUCAUGGCCCUCUUGCUCAAGAAUUUUCUAAGAAAGGGUGCCCCACUAGCAUGCGUGCUACACUGUGGUGUCAAAUACUGGCUAUUGAAGUGGAUGAAAUUGAUGUCCUUUAUUACGAGCAACUGAAAACAAAUGUGCUGCAACAUGACCUAUUAGUCGACAGUUUACUUUACAAGGAUGUGAAGCUAACUGCAACAAAUGAUGACCAGUAUUUUGUUUUUGAGGACUUUUUAUAUCAGAUUUUGUUACCAUUUUCAAGAGAUACAUGUGUAUUGAAACACUUUGAUUACAACAGUGCAAGCCCUCCUAAAUCAUAUAUCCGUGGGAGGUUGGGUAUGGAUGAGUUCGCUGUGAAUUACCCCCCAAAUGGCGUGAUCCCUUUCCAUGGAUUUGCUAUGUAUGUGGCACCAAUGUGUUUUCUGUAUAAAGAGCCUAUUACCCUCUACUACGUCUUUCUCGAGAUGUAUGUGCGCUAUUUCUUCAGACUCCACAGUAUUUCUUCCCAUCCACAGGGAAUUGUUGGCCUGAGUCUUCUAUUUGAAUCACUUCUUCAAACACACGAAUCAGAUCUGUUUUUUCACCUCAAAUCUGUUGGAUGUCAACCACUUAAGGUAGCAUUUAAAUGGCUUGUACGUGCCUUUUCGGGAUACCUCUCCAGUGAUCAGGUCCUCUUGUUGUGGGACCGCGUCCUAGCAUACAACUCCUUGGAGAUCUUGUCAGUGUUGGCAGUGGCAAUAUUUUCCUUCAGAAAGACCAACUUAAUGAAGGUUCAGUCCUACAACGCAGCAGAGGCAGUUUUAGCUGAUUUGACAACGUUACAAGUUAUCCCCUUGAUUCAGUUAAGUCUCUUCUCCAAGUGAAUACUGAUGAAUCUGCUGUCAACCGCCUACUCCACAGGGCCUAAUGAGUGGAGCCGUGGUGACAUUAAGCACAGGACAGCGGACUUCAUGUACUGAAUUAUUGAGUUGGCAAUUUGUAAUUAUCUCAGAUACUUCAUCAUUAUUUGACUGUGAUAUUACAUAUGGGUAUUUUUUUAAUUGCUGAGGACAAUGUCAAUUUUUUUUUUUCAUAUUACAUUUUUAU